AUGGUCCCCACAGAAGUCACAAGCCUGAUCCCUAAUAUGUCAGAUGACUAUAGCUAUGACACCACGUCUUCCAUGGAAGAUUACGGGAACUUCAACAUCACUGACUUAUUCUGUAAGAAAAACCACGUCAGGCAGUUCGCAAGCUACUUCCUUCCACCCUUCUACUGGCUCGUGUUCAUCGUGGGGGCCUUGGGCAACAGUCUGGUCAUCCUUGUCUACUGGUACUGCACGAGGGUGAAGACCAUGACCGACAUGUUCCUUUUGAAUUUGGCAAUCGCUGACCUUCUCUUUCUUGUCACCCUUCCCUUCUGGGCCAUUGCCGCCGCCGACCAGUGGAAAUUCCAGACCUUCAUGUGCAGAGUGGUCAACAGCACGUACAAGAUGAACUUCUACAGCUGUGCGCUGCUGAUCACGUGCAUCAGCGUGGACAGGUACAUCGCCAUUGCUCAGGCCAUGAGAGCGCAGAUGUGGAGGCAGAAGAGGCUUCUGUACAGCAAAAUGGUCUGCUUUACUGUCUGGGUGAUGGCAGCCGCGCUCUGCGUCCCGGAACUCCUGUACAGCCAAGUCAAGAAGGAGUAUGGGAUUGCUAUCUGCACCAUGGUUUACCCCAGUGACGAGAGUACCAAACUGAAGUCAGCUGUCUUGACUCUGAAAGUCAUCCUGGGAUUCUUCCUCCCUUUGGUGGUCAUGGCUUGCUGCUAUACCAUCAUCAUUCACACCCUGAUACAAGCCAAGAAGUCAUCCAAGCACAAGGCCCUGAAGGUGACCGUAACUGUACUCACUGUCUUCGUCCUAUCUCAGUUCCCCCAUAACUGCGUUCUGCUGGUGCAGACCAUCGAUGCCUACAGCACGUUCAUCUCCAGCUGUGCUGUCUCCAUCAACAUUGACAUCAGCUUCCAGGUCACUCAAACCAUCGCCUUUCUCCACAGUUGCCUCAACCCUGUUCUCUACGUUUUUGUGGGUGAGAGGUUCCGCCGGGAUCUUGUGAAGACCCUAAAGAACUUGGGUUGCAUCAGCCAGGCUCAGUGGGUUUCAUUUACAAGGAGAGAAGGAAGCCUGAAGCUGUCAUCGAUGUUGCUGGAGACAACCUCGGGAGCUCUCUCCCUCUGA